AUGGAGGAUGCACGUAAGGAUCAAGACAAAGAAGUGAAGUACCGUGGUGUGAGGAGCAGGCCAUGGGGUAAGUUUGGGGCAGAAAUUAGAGACCCAACAAAACCUACGGGAAGACAAUGGUUAGGGACAUUUGAUACCGCAGAAGAAGCUGCUAGAGCUUAUGAUCGUGCAGCUAUUGGUUUGAGGGGUGCUCUUGCAAUCCUUAAUUUUCCCGAUGAAUACUAUUCUCAUCUUCCUCAUGUAUCCUCGUCGUCUUCUACUAAUGUUGUUGGAACUUCUUCUUCUUCUUCUGCUCCCCAGAGGGAAGUUAUUGAGUUUGAGUAUUUGGAUGACAAGGUGUUGGAAGACCUUCUUCAGUCAGAAGAAGAGAGGAGAAAGAAUAAAGACUAA